AUGCUCUAUUUGCCUAAGAAACUCUUCUUGUUCUUCUUCUCGUGCAUUGUGGUGAUUGUCAACUACAACAAUAGUGACUUCGUAAACGCAGCAAAUAGCAUUGGCUUCGUAAACGCAGCAAAUAGCAUUGGCUUGAACUACGGUCUCCUCGGAGAUAACCUCCCAUCUCCGUCAAAAGUUAUAACCCUUUACAAGUCCAUAGACAUCACUAAAAUCCGAAUCUUCGACCCAAACACUGAGGUUCUUAACGCUUUACGUGGCCAUCGUGAUAUUGCGGUCACAGUAGGAGUUAGGGACCAGGACUUGGCUGCUCUUUCAGCUAGCGAAGAAGCUGUUAAGGGCUGGUUUGCGACCAACAUCGAGCCUUACUUAUCCGACAUCAACAUCGCGUUCAUUACUGUUGGUAACGAAGUCAUCCCCGGACCAAUCGGUCCUCAAGUGCUUCCAGUCAUGCAGUCUCUCACCAACCUCGUCAAGUCAAGGAAUCUUCCUAUCUCGAUAAGCACGGUGGUGGCUAUGUGGAACCUCGAGCAAUCAUACCCACCUUCCGCAGGAAUGUUCACGUCUCAAGCGCGUGAACAACUUGUCCCCGUGCUGAAACUAUUAUCCCAAACAAAUUCGCCUAUCCUCGUAAAAAUCUACCCUUACUUCUCCUAUGCGUCCGACCCAUCUAGCAUCCGUUUGGACUAUGCCACCUUCAACACUGAGGCCAUCGUGGUACAAGAUGGAUCACUGGGCUAUUCAAACAUGUUUGAUGCAAUCUUUGAUGCGUUCGUGUGGGCAAUGGAGAAGGAAGGCGUUAAAGAUUUACCAAUGGUGGUGUCCGAGACCGGAUGGCCAUCUGCCGGGAAUGGAAACAUUACCACGCCGGAUAUCGCGGGUACCUAUAACAGAAAUUUCGUGAAGCAUAUAGCAAGCGGAAAAGGUACACCUAAAAGGCCUAACAAAGGCAUCGACGGGUUUUUGUUUGCAACUUUCAAUGAAAAUCAAAAGCCGGUCGGGACUGAACAAAACUUUGGGUUAUACAAUCCGAAUGAUAUGAAGCCCAUCUACAAUCUAUUCUAAUAUGUGUGAAAGUUGCUUAGACUUUCCCGAUUCAUCAAUAAUUAUGUUACACUAGUUGUUAGUGAAUUAAAGUAA